GAGUCGGUGUGUCGUGCUGGCGGCGCGGAACUACGGACCCCGUCUGAGUGGCGUGGUUCGGUGGCGGCCAGCGCUCUGCCAGAGCCGGUUUAGCUCGAGCCGGGCGUCCGGCUGGGCUGCCGCCGGCGCCCCGUGCAUGCGGAGCCCCCAAUCGUAGGGCGACGCAACGCAACGCCGCCGAUACUCCGGAUGCUUUGACAGAGGAGGAGCCUCUUCUCUACCUUUCCCUGGCGGUCGACGACCUUCGUGGCUGCUGGAGCGCCGAAUACCGGAUGGGCCGAGUCGCGGCGCGGGGGUCCCCGGGCGCUCCACUGCACGUCACCCCCAACGGCAAGGUCGGCCACCACAGGAGCAGGCGGCGGUGACUCUGCGCGAACACCACGUCUCCGGGAUAUUUCCCGUACGUUCACUACACACGAUGAAAACAAGAAUAGUGCACCUCCUUCUCUCCUGGUCAUUACUCUUGGGGACUGCCACCUGCACAAACUCAACCGACGAUGGCGCCAGCCUCCGAACCCCGAGACAAAACGGCGGCAGUAGCAGCAGGCAGCACCCAGGACGCAUCGUUUGCUACUACAGUGCCUGGGCGCUGUACCGACCGGAACCUAUGAACUACGACAUCGAGGACAUACCCUUGGACAAGUGCACGCACCUCAUCUACGCCUUCGUCGGCCUUAGCAACCAGACGUGGGAGCUUUUCAGCAUUGACCCGGAGUAUGACUUCAACAAAGGCGGAUACCGGCGGUUCACAGCGCUGCGCAAAAAGAACCCGCAACUGAAGACUCUUCUGGCGGUUGGUGGCUGGGCCGAAGGAGGCAAGAAGUAUUCGGAGAUGGUCAGCACCACCGGUCGGCGGCACACGUUCAUCAAUAGCGCGCUCAAGUGGGUGCAGACGUACGGUUUCGACGGCUUUGACCUUGACUGGGAAUACCCGGGCGCCUAUGACCGUGGCGGGGCAUACUCGGACAAGGCCAACUUCCUCCUGUUGGUCAAGGAACUAAGGUCUGUUUUCGACCAAUACAAGUUGCUACUGACAGCUGCUGUGCCGGUUGCAAAGUUCCGUCUGCAAGAAGGCUACGAAGUGGCAGAGCUUGGGGAGCUUCUGGACUGGAUAAAUGUAAUGACUUACGAUCUACGUGGAAACUGGGCCGGAUUUACGGAUGUUCAUAGUCCUCUAUUCAGAAGAUCGUUCGAUGAGUGGGCUUAUGAAAAACUCAAUGUGCACGAUGGACUCCAGCUGUGGAUGAGCCUGGGAGCUCCGAGGGAGAAACUGGUUGUUGGCGUUCCCUUCUAUGGCAGGACUUACACGUUGAGCGAAAAGUCGAAUACGGGGCUCAGGGCUUACAUCAACAAAGAAAAGAAUGGCGGAAUCCCCGGACCAUACACGAACGCCACUGGCUUUCUUGCCUACUACGAGAUCUGUCCACACGUGAACUCUGGAACAUGGACAAAGAAGUUUGACGACGUUGGCAAGUGCCCAUACGCCUAUUACGACAACCAGUGGAUCGGCUACGAGGAUCCUGAGAGUAUUUCUAUAAAGAUGGACUACAUCAUGGGUCAAGGCUACGGCGGGGCCAUGAUCUGGGCCGUCGACAUGGACGACUUCCAGGGAGUGUGCGGCCGCAAGAACGCGUUGAUCAACGUCAUCUACGAGAAGCUGGCCGACUACGACGUGCCGCAGCCGGAGCCCACAGAACCGCCAGUGCGCUCAACAUUCGACGAUGGCCAAUGGAACUGGACCACGACUCCGCUGCCCAGCACGGAGACGACCACGCCUAAGGUGGCCGUGACGAAGAGCUACCCGCGAGACUGCGACAGCCCCACCAUCUCAUUCAUCCCGCACGAAAACGACUGCACCAAGUACUACUGGUGCGUGUACGGCACGCCCAUGGUGAUGUUCUGCGAGGGAGGCACCGUGUGGAACCAGGACAAUGGCAACUGCGACUGGGCCGAGAGAGUGGACAGGCCCGAGUGCAAGCACAUCACCAGAAAACCCAAGCGGCCGCACAGGGAGUCUGAAAAAGAGAGCGUAGUAAGCGGGGUCGCCGCUCUAGACAAGACGACACCCGCAAACCCGUGCCCGACAGCCAACACGAGACGCGCGGAUUCGGUGUCACUCCGGCCCAGCAGGAGCAUGGGGAACAACAUGUGGCUCACUGUGCCGUUCCUGAUAUGCCUGCCAGCUGUUCUACAGUUAGCGACUGCAGUGAGCAAAGGCAGCGAUGCGAUCCAAGGUAUCACGAUCCCGCGAAACAAGUUCGAGGUGCCCGUGGUUUGCUACUACUAUGGCUGGGCAAGCCGGCGGCCCAGCCCCAUGAACUAUCAAGUGGAAGACGUCCCUCUGGAUAUGUGCACCUUCGUGGUGCUGGCAUUCGCCGGCAUCGACGAACAAACAUUCGAGUUGAAGAGCUUGAUUCCUGAGUACCAGGAAGACAGCCAACGAUACCUGAACUUCACCAACCUCAAGACCCAGCACUUGUACCUGAAGACUAUGCUGGCUGUCGGCGGGUGGCAACAAGGUGGCGAGGUUUUCUCCAAAAUGGUCAGCACCCCGGAGAACCGGGCAGCGUUCGUCUGGAGUGCGCUACGCUGGAUGCUGGACUACAAGUUCGACGGCCUCGAAAUCAUCUGGAAGUACCCAGGCUACGAGAAACGAGGCGGAAGGCCACAGGACAAGGAAAACUUCGCGCUUCUUCUAAAGGAGCUCAAAGAAGCCUUUGCAGCCCAUCCUCUCUACUUGACGGCCGCUGUUCCUUUGGAGGAGAACUACCUAGACGAUGGCUACGACAUCCCUAACAUGCAGCGACACGUCGACUGGUUCAACGUCCUUGCCUACGACCUUCGCGGGACCUGGAACCGGUUCACGGACAUGCACAGCAUACUUUACAAGAGGGCUGGAGACUCUCCCUACUUUCAAGACCUCACCAUCGCCGAAGGUAUGAAGCGGCUGGUCCGCAAGGGCGCACCGAAGCAGAAGCUAAUGCUAGGCAUCGCCUACUACGGCCGCUCAUACGUGCUUCGCGACCCCAAGAAGAACGGACCCAAGGCACGCAUCAUAGCCAAUGCACGAGGACAAGCAGGGCCUUAUGUUGGAUCUGACGAGCUCAAGGGUUACUACGAGAUUUGUCAAGAUGUCAAAUCGGGUGGUUGGACACGGAUGUUCGACAAUGAGGCCAAGUGUCCUUACGCCUACAAGGGAGACCAGUGGGUCGGCUACGAAGACGAAGAAAGUGUUGCGAACAAGAUGGACUUCAUCUUGCGCGAAAAAUACCGUGGAGUCAUGGUGUUCAACAACGACUUGGACGAUUUCCGUGGAGUGUGCGGCCCGAAGAACCCACUCAUGACCGCAAUUUUUAACAAGGUGGGCGAGAAGGCGCUCCGAGAGCUCAGGGCCAACCAGAUACAAUCCACAUCUAGAAGUGAUGCUAUCGAGGGCAUCACGAUUUCUCGUAACAAGUUCGAGGUGCCCGUAGCAUGUUCCUACUACGGCUGGGCCAGCCAGCGUCCGAGCCCGAUGAACUACCGGUUGGAGGGUGCCCCGCCUGACAUGUGCGCUUUUGUUGUGUUGGCCUUCGUUGGCAUCGACGAGAAGACCUUCGAGUUUGAGAGCAUGAUUUCAGAAUACCAGGAAGACGGACGACGUCGCCAAGUUGCCGCUCUCUUAUCAUCGCGGCGUGUUCUUUUUCGUUGUUUUGGUGAGCGUGAACGGGUGCGACUCCGAAUAGUUGCGUGCUUCGUCGUUACGAAAGGCUAUCGCGCCGGGAAAACAAUCUAUCAGUCUUGGAAUAUGCUCAAUGUGUUGCGCGGAUUCCCGGACUCUUCCUUCUGCCACCUUGAGAGCGUAGAAAACACUCGGCGUCUUUGCGCUUCGGUGCUGAUUCUCCUGGUUGCCGUCCUUCAACAACCGGCGUCAGCGGUGACCAAUGGUCGCGAUGCUACUGAGGGAGUCAACAUCCCUCGAAACAAAUUCGAAGUUCCUGUAGUGUGCUACUACUACGGCUGGGCCAGCCGGCGCCCCAGCCCCGCGGACUACCACAUAGAAGAUGUGCCGCUUGACAUGUGCACAUUUGUCGUUCUCGCCUUCGCCGGCAUCGAUGAGCAGACCUUCGAGAUCAAAAGUAUGAUUCCGGAAUACGAGGACGAUGAACGGAAGUACCUCAGCUUCACUGACCUCAAGAACCGUCACUUGUACCUGAAGACGAUGCUGGCCGUCGGUGGUUGGGACUUGGGUGGCGAGGUGUUCUCCAACAUGGUCAGCACGCCUGCAAGACGGGCGGCCUUUGUCGAGAGUGCCGUCAGCUGGAUGCGGGGCCACGAGUUCGACGGCCUCGAGAUCUUGUGGAAAUAUCCGGGAUACGAAAGGCGUGGCGGCAAGCCAUGGGACAAGCGCAACUUCGUUCUACUGCUCAAGGAGCUGAAAGAAGCCUUCGCUCCGUACCCUCUCUACUUGACAGCUGCUGUUCCGUUGGAAGAAAACUACCUCGACGGUGGCUACGACAUAGCCAACAUGGAGAAAUAUGUUGACUGGUUCAACGUCCUUGCGUACGACCUCCGGGGUACCUGGAACCGGUUCACGGACAUGCACACUAUCCUAUACAAGCGAGCGAAUGACCCGCCAUACUUCCAAGACCUUACCAUCGCUCAAGGAAUGAAACGGCUCGUGCGCAUGGGUGCUCCGAAGCGGAAGCUGAUGCUGGGCAUCGCUUUCUACGGUCGCUCGUACGUGCUUUGGGACGCCAAGGAACACGGAGUCAAGGCGCGCAUCAGGUUCGACGAGCAAGCGGAAGCGGGACCGUACGUUAACUCCAUGGAGCUCAAGGCUUAUUACGAGAUCUGCAUGGACGUCAAGAGGGGCAACUGGACGCGUGAAUUUGAUGACGAAGCAAAGUGUCCGUACGCAUACAGCGGCGAUCAAUGGAUUGGCUAUGAAGAUGAAGAAAGCGUCGGUCACAAGAUGGACUUCAUUCUACGAGAGGGUUACCGUGGUGUUAUGGUGUUUAACAACGACCUGGAUGAUUUCCGAGGGCUUUGUGGUCCCAAGAAUCCACUUAUGAGCGUCAUAUUCAACAAGGUCGGGCAAAAGGCACUUCGAGAGCUCAGUAACCGAACUGAAACACGGCGGCCAGAAGCGACUACGAGGUCGAACGUCAUACAGUACGGAGGACGGGGGCGGGAAAGCGACGGCUCGCUACAUCGCGCGCUUCUACAGGUAUCGGCACGUGUGGCUGCCUGGGGCACGCCAGAGACAACGCGGCCUAACGGAAAGAAAACGAACAGCUAUAUCGUACACGCCACGGCACGGCGCCUGCUGACUGUCUCUCUGUUCGCCGAUUCCUGUCGAGGCGCACGCACCUAUCUGGACAGCGCGCGCCUCCGUUUGAGCGCUCCCGCCUGGAGGAAAUCCUUGUCGCCUGUUGCGGGGUAUUCCUGCUCCGCCCAUUUAACCGCUUCUUUCGCGCCGCUCGUGCAACGUUGUGGACGCGUGUUUUGCAACCCCCCUAUGUUUACGAAGGUCGCUGGACGCUCGGAGGCUCGGACGUGUCAGAAGCGGCUCGCUCGGACCUCAACGAUGUUUAACCUUUUCCUUUGUGGUUUUCUGCUGAUCCAUAUAGUUCCGACUGUUCGCACAGAUGACGACUUCAUAAGAAAUGGUGGCAGCCCCGUAGUGUGCUACUACCAUGGCUGGGCAGCAGACCGCUUCAGCCCCAUGAACUACCGCAUUCGGGACAUUCCUGGAGAUCUGUGCACACACGUAAACCUCAACUACGCCGGCGUGGACAAGGACACGCUAGGAGUCAAGGACCUUAUACCGGCAUACCAGAAUAAUUCACAUUACAAAGACUUCACGGCCAUCAAGAAGAAGUUCCUCUUCGUGAAAACACUGAUCUCCCUUGGAGGCUGGGACCACGGAAGCGAAUCGUUCUCCUACGUGGCCGCAGACCGCAGCAGGCGGUGUAACUUUACGAGAAACUUGCUGAAGUUUCUCAAAGAUAACGACUUCGACGGAGUGGACAUCGACUGGAGGUUCCCAGCCAGCCCAGACAGGAACGGAAAGCCGGAGGACAAACAGAACUAUGUCUUGUUCCUGAAGAGUCUCUGCAGACUGCGAAGAAAGGGUUUAAUAGUGACCGCUACGGUUCCAAUCACUCCUUUUUAUCUCGAUAAUGGAUACGACGUGAGACAACUCUCAAAGUACGUAGACUGGCUCAAUGUGAUCGGUUUCGAUUUGAGGGGACGCUGGACUGGAAUCGCUGAUGUUCACAGCCCCCUGUACGCCCGAUCCUUCGAAACGGGUGACACACGGAACCUGAACGUGGCGCAAGGGCUGAAGCGUCUUGUGGAGCUCGGAGCACCCAAGAAAAAGCUCGUCCUGGGCAUCCCGUUCUUUGGUCGCAGCUAUGUGCUCGCGGACAAAGAGAAGCACAAGGUCGGGGAUCCCAUUAAGGAUAUACCGGCGGCGCCAGGACCUUUCAUCGGUAGCACCGAGAUCCUGGCCUACUACGAGAUAUGCACCAACAUUGAAGACGGCAUUGCGACACGAGAAUUCGACAACGAGGGAAAGUGUCCGUACAUAUACUAUGAAGACCAGUGGGUGGGUUAUGAAGACGAAGAAAGUGUUGGCAUCAAGGUCGAUUUUAUCAUCAAAGAGGGCUACGCCGGAGUUAUGGUGUUCAACAACGACAUGGACGACUUCAAUGGCGUAUGCGGCACCACGCACCCGCUGCUCAAAGUGGUCUACCAAAAACUGUCGGAGGCACCGGAAAGUCGACGGCGGCGGCGCGUCGGGACCGGCGACCGCGGGGUUACGUCCCAGCUUGCCAGGUACGGUUCGGCCCGCUGUGGUACUGGAGAGUCUGACGAACUGAGAAAACUCUUGGGCUUCAACAAUUUCUUCGAACGUGUUGGGAAUUCCCAAACUGAGGAGGUCUUUUGUGUACGUUCGAACGGGAAGGCCGAGGGGGCAGUCUUCAUUGAAAACUUUAGCCACGGGCGAAUUCUCCCCGUGGUGUGCUACUACGAGAAAGGCCAGGCUUUCCGUCCUUUUCCAAUGAACUAUGGCAUGGAAGACGUACCCGGGAACCUUUGCAGCCACGUGAACCUGGCCUACAUCGAGCUGAACGAGACGACUGGGACCAUCAAGCUCGACCCCACGAUCAACUUUACAGAGUUUGCUCAACUGAAGAACAAGUUCCCGCGAUUGAAGACGCUCCUUUCAAUCGGAGGGUGGAGCAACCAAACCAAAAUCAUAUCGGCCAUGGCUACUACGAUGACCCGGCGAAGAGUAUUCAUCAACGACGCCGUCCAAAAGCUCGUGGGCAAUGGCUUAGAUGGUCUGGACGUUUUCUGGCUUUUUCCUGGAAUGGUUGACCGAGGCGGAAACAGGAGAGACAAGAUCAACUUCGUCAGACUCUUGAAGGAACUGUACGCUGCCUUCAAAGGGCGCAACCUUCUGCUUACGGCUGGCGUUCCCAUUAACCAGAACGUACUGGAUGCCGGAUACGACAUACCGGCAAUCGACAGAUAUCUUGACUGGAUGAAUAUCAUAGGUUACGACCUUAGAGGAUACUGGAACGUCAGAACUGACAUCCACAGUCCUCUCCACCCCAGAACAAUCGAUGGACCCGACGUCUCGGAGCUUAACGUGGAAGAGGGUCUUCAGGCACUGCUAGACCGCGGAGCCUCAAAACGGAAGCUGGUGCUGGGCGUGGCCUUCUACGGGCGCGUGUACAGGCUCGCGGACCCAGCGAACGUCAGCCUUCACGCGCCCAUCGACCUCCUCAACAGGCCGCAGAAGGGUGCCUUCCUCAUGAGCGACAACAUAUACGCCUACUUCGAGAUUUGCAAGAAUAUAAGGUUCGGCACAUGGCGCCGCAGCUUCGACGCGGAAGGAAUGUGUCCGUACGCGACUGACGGCAAGGACUGGGUGGGGUACGAAGACGCAGAAAGCAUCUCCAAGAAGGUUGAAUUUGUCAGAAAGGAAGGCUACGCCGGCAUAAUGGUCCUAAGCUGCGACAUGGACGAUUUUCGUGGAGUAUGCGGAACGCAUAAUAUACUGCUACAAACAAUCAAUGACGCCAUACCUAGGCUGAGGUACAACGUCAUUUAAAAAAAGGGAAAACGCUACUUCAAGCUCCAUUCAAUAGCAUUAAACCGGCCGCAGUUUCCCUUUCAGCCUAUACAGAUGGAAGAGUCACAAAUGUGAACAUUGUGCUUGACAAGUGCAGGAAAAGCGUUAUAAAUAAAUAUUAAGCAUUUCACAGAAUGAGGAUGUGCCGCGGCUCGUUACAGGUGAAUCUAAAUCCUCUAUAGACUAAAGCAACAGUUCCAGCCGAGUGUAUCAUUUUAACUUCUUAAGGGUGAACGUACCAUACAGUCACAUGUGGCGUAGGCGUAUAACUUUAUCGCCAACGCUGUCAAGAAAGAUAAACGACUCAGGGAGACGGCGAAAGGGUGUGAUGCCCAAACCCACUGAAUCAAGUCGUACUUGAUCAAACCCAUUACCCUGAAAGACUAGCCUUACAAAUACCAUUGCUACAUGCGUGUGUGAGACAAGAAUAUUACCCGUGUCCCCACUGCAGAAGAAUGGUAAAUAAAGUUGUUGGAAGAGCAACACCAAUUUCAUAGUUUGGGCAAUAAAAUAUCUGAACACGUACCUUAUAUUCCAAGAUCAUAUUUAUGAUGACAAAUUAUAAAAACACCGUCGAAAGCGAAGGUAAUAUUAGCGCCUAGAAAAACCAUGAAAGAGAACAAUUCAAUGUAAGGAAAAUCAAAUUUUGUGCGGGGAAAGAUGAAACGUUUUUCAUUUGUGUUCAAAUAAAGUCGAUAUACUGUAAGUGUA